AUGGCGUCUGGAAGGCUUUCCAGUYUACAUCAAGUCGUGUGUGAAGUGCAUGGCAAAGUUAAAAAGACGGACAUAUCACUGCCUACGCGAGAUUUCAAGUAUGGCAAGAUGUUGUUGUACAGACUGGGAAAGUCUAGUAGCUUUUCUAUUGGAAUUCAAACUGAUAGUCGCCUGCCUUUGUCUUCCAUCGGUCUAAAAAGCCACCARUUUGAGGUUCAUGCAAGGCAAAAACGCAUGACURUCAACUUCAAAAACAGCARUUCAAAGUUUUCAAUAGUGGAAGCAGAUGAAGCAGAGCUUAAGAGAUUGGUUGAAAUGUUGGAAACAAUUAACUGCAAUUCUCAAGACAAGAGCACUAGAUUGAGACAAAACAUCAGCAUGAGCACAUCAUUACUUUACAAUGAAGACCAAUACAAUGAUGAGAACCAGCCUCUCAAUGUUUGCACUGAAAAAAGUCAAAUUGCAUCAUCAAAUGAGACAAACCAAUUCUUGUCAUGCUCUCCACCAACUCAAAUAAAAACAAAGAGAAAAUGCACUCCCUUCACAUCUGGAACGGCAUCAUCAUUUUAUGGAYCAAGAAAUACUGGCAGCCCUGUCAAAAGGUUGGCGCUAUCACCCAAAAUAGAUAGGUCAUCACUAUCUUCUAGCAGCACUAAAGAGGAUACACCAAAAAGUACGGUCUCUUCUCCUCUCCAAAGGAAGAAGAUAGUUGGAUUAUCAAAAGAUUUCAAAAGAAAACCUACAAUUUCAAGGUUUUUAUUCAAGCCRAGUUCUCAACCUAGUUUUACAGAUGAUCUCCAGCUGACAGGAUUCUCCAAUCUUGGCAAUACAUGUUACAUGAAUGCUAUUCUUCAGUCACUACUUGGUAUUCAGCCAUUUGUACAAGAUCUAUGCAACAAAAGCCUUCUUGUUAAACAUCCUGCUCAGAGCUUGUACAAAUGUACACAUGGUCUAUUAGUUUGUAAGAAGAAGAACUGUCCUCAAGAUCUUCAAAAUCUUCAUCUCAGGAAAUUUAAAAGAGCUAUUUCAAAAGCAGCAACACGAUUUUCUGGGCACUUACAGCAUGAUGCUCAUGAAUUUCUCUGUCAAGUUCUUGAUCAACUCAAAGAUGAGGUAGCUGCUUUAAGCAACAAGGAAUCAACAGAAGGUAGUUGCACAGUUACAGAGAAGGAUUUUACACARAGUUGUCCAGUGACAAGAACAUUUGAAUGUGCUGUAUCCCAUACCAUCACUUGUAAAGGAUGUGGUGAGAAUGUCACCAAAGAGGAAAUUCUACAUGACCUAUCACUGGAUCUUCCAACAAUUUCAGAUGAAAGCACAUUUCAUUCGAUGAAAGGGAUACCAAUAGACAAAUUAAUAGAGGACUAUUUUAAGGAUGAAGAGCUUGAAUACUGCUGUGAGGAGUGCGGUUUCAAAGAAGCUUGUAUAUCCCACAAAUUUAGCAAGCUACCCAGGGUGCUUAUUCUUCAUGUAAAGCGCUAUGAUUUCAACAAGCUAACUGAUAGACAUGCCAAAAAGCACAAUGUGGUCAACAUUAGGAAGUUUAUUGACAUAGGAAAGUUGUGCACUGAYAAGACAUCACAACCUCUUCACUUUGAAGUUCAAUCUGUACAGUUAAGUGAUGCCAAAUCACCUGUUGCUGAUGUGUCGGAACCCCUGGAAUCCACUGCUAACUGUACCAGUACAUCAUCUAGUGCACGAAGGCAGUUAAAUCAAGAAUUCAAAACUACACCAAAAAGAAAGAAGAGCAUUGAGUCAGACAAUGAAGACAAAGAGGGUCAACAGCAAAUGAAAGAAAAAGUUCAAGUAACGGUCAACAAUUUGGACUGUAUUAGUGGUAGUCAAAGAAAUGUCCAAGUAAUUACUAAUCCUGUAGACACUAUCAUGGAGGAUUUUGAAGACAUUGAUAAAACUCCUCUUCAGAUUGAAUCAUCUGAAAAUACRAAUGAAUUAUUAUCAAUGCCUGAGGACCAGCAAUUAGAGUGGGCAUUAAGGGAAAGCUUGAAGACAAGGCCAGAAAGAAAAGAUCAAYCUGAAAGUGAUGAAUGUGAAUAUGACAUGGACUGUACUGAUGAUGAAAUCCUCUCAGCUCUCUCUGAUAACUAUUGUCAACAACCUGUUGGGCUUAAAGGUGGYGCUCGUAGUGACGCAGAUGAACAGAGUGAYGAUAGUGAACACAGUGGAAUUGUACCUUCUUCAAAACCUGCCAUGGUAAUUAGYGAUGACAGUACAGAAACGUCAGCCAAUGAAGAUGGUGCAAAGAARAGGAAAGAUAGCAGCUUGUGCUCUCUUAUCGACCAGCAACCAAUUUUAAAUGAGUUUGUUGAUGAUCUUCUAAUAGAGGUUGAUACAAAUACAGGAUCUGCAAAAAUGACAGACUCAUYRCAAAGAAAAAACAAAUUUGUCAAGACUGUUUCAAGUCCAUUUAAYGCCAAGUAUCGCCCAGGCUUAUUAACUAAAACUACACAGUCUGCUCAAAAGCCUUCAGUAAGAACCCCAAGUCCUCGUACAUAUUCUAAGAGCAGACUCCAUAAGCUGUCACAGUCUGAACAGCCAAAGAGCAGGAAAAAUCUCUACAGGGAAWCAAAAGAAAAUUCUGAUUAUGAAGACGACCUUGCAAAAGCAAUUCAGAAAAGCUUGGAAGACCAGGAAGUACAAAGUGAAGACGAUGAGCAAAUGAGGAGAGCCAUUGAACUGAGUAUUCAAGAAACAAAAAUAUACACUGAAGAUUCUCUGCCAAUGGAACAUUUCAAAAAUUAUCCAAGUCCUGAGAAGCUUGUACCYRAUUCAGUAGACUCAGGUUKUCAGGUAAGGUAUGGUGUUAUAGAAUUCAAACCAUCUAACAAGAAGAAGAACAACAAUAAUAAUUUGAAUUUACGGUUUAACUUAUAG